CCGACUGCUGAGAGCAGAAAGUAGAGAAAAAAAAGUAUGGCGGGGAUGGAGAAGAGAAAGAAAAGACGAGCCUUUUUCCACUCAAAUAUGGAACAGAGCUGCUAUGUUUCAAAGGACCGUGUGUGUUGGUCCUGAACAGUGAUUGAUGCUGCCGGUAUCCGCGCUGUUGUUGUUUGGCUCCGUUUUGUCUGAACCGAAAGUGAAGCCCCAGAACAAGACACCGCUCCUUCACGUAUAUAUGGGUGAGUCGGACGGCUGAUAUAGUACUGAGAGAAUGAGCAGAGAGGGGCGAAAAGGGGAAGGGAGGGAGAGACCACAGAGAAUGGCUGGUGGGUAUUUUUGUAGAGAAAGAACAGGAACAAAAAGCUGCGUUAGAGAAAAAAGAGGCAGGAGGGUUAAGAGCAGGCGAGAAGGCGAUGCUCACAGCACACAGGCCUCAAAGAGCUGCCUUUCGUUCCCAUCGACUCUAAUUGGGCAGCAGCGACACCACUCGAGCACCCUGCCCCCAAAUCACCCCAUGAGCGGCCUUGUGUCUCAGUUACUCGGGUGCAGAGACGCAUGGGAUCUCGCAAUUGAUGCACGCUCGGCGCCACAGACCGUCGUCCAGGAGGGCGCGAGGCUUGAGGCCCGUCUGCCGCUCUGCGUCAUGUACGUGUUUAUUGCCUGCCAGAAUCGACGUUCCAGCACACAGCAUUGUCCGGCCCGUCUGUCCUCCGCGCUGCUUUUGGGCGGGCUCAAGUGCGCUGGCGAGCCAUACUCGCACACAAUCGGAGGCUGGUGCUAAUUGCGGGCCUUAUUGGCCCACGGGAAACGCGCCCAGCCCAGGAACUCUCUGAAGCUUUAAUUCCCUCUCUUCGCAAAAGUAUCCUGUUGCCCGCUCCCAAUCAUGUACUUUGGCCGAUCGCAGAUUCACACGCCGAUUCCAGCCGCCCCUGAGUCGCUGGGCAGGCUCGUCGACAGCAUCUUUGGUUCGCGCAGCACAUCCGCCGCCGAGUCGCGUCGC